UCCUCUUCAACAUUCACCGACAUGUCCCAAUCAAUCCUUAUAAAAAAGUGUUUCAGCUUUUUUAAGAAAAAAAAACAUAGGAACGCACGGUUCAGCACUGAACAGGGGAAAGAAGGAUUUUAGAAAGGCACACUUUUUAAAAAAAAACCCCUCCCCGUCUUUCUUCCCAGCAGCCUCCGCCUGUUGCUAGGGAGAAGGGAGCGGAGUUUGGGCCUAGUCCUGGGGGUUAGUUUAUUCUCCGCAUCAUGAGUACCAUGUGUGCUGACACCAUUCUCAUCGUCUUUAUCUCGGUCUGCACUGCGCUAUUAGCUGAAGGUAUCACAUGGGUACUGGUGUAUAGAACUGAAAAAUACAAGCGCUUGAAGGCAGAAGUAGAAAAACAGAGUAAGAAAUUAGAAAAAAAGAAAGAGGCCAUUACGGAAUCUGCAGGGAAACAGCAAAAGAAGAAAAUAGAGAGGCAAGAGGAAAAGCUGAAAAAUAAUAAUCGGGACCUGUCAAUGGUGCGAAUGAAGUCUAUGUUUGCUAUUGGAUUCUGUUUCACCGCUUUGAUGGGCAUGUUUAAUUCUAUAUUUGAUGGACGAGUAGUAGCUAAGCUCCCGUUUGUGCCUCUGUCGUACAUUCAGGGUUUGUCCCAUCGCAACCUUCUUGGAGAAGAUUACACUGACUGUUCUUUCAUUUUCUUGUAUAUUUUAUGUACAAUGUCCAUUCGUCAGAAUAUCCAGAAACUACUGGGUCUUGCUCCUUCACGAGCUGCUACGAAACAGGCAGGAGGAUUCCUGGGACCUCCACCUCAAGCAAGCAAAUUCUCAUAAUGCAGCUGUAGCCAAGUAUUGCACAUCUGAUCUCUACAUACUACUAAUACGGCUCUUCACGGCUAAAGAGGCAGUUUGAACUUUGUUUGUAUCUAGCAAUGAAAUUCAGAAAGGCUGAUGUGUACAGUUAUUGAAAUACUUAUAGGAUAUUAAACUGCCAUUUUUUGAACACAGAAUCAGAAGCCAGUUUGUCUGGCUAUGAUUCUUUCAAUUGUCGAGCAUAAUGAAUUUAAGCCUACAAUGGCAAAGUAUUAAAAUAAGUUAGAAAUCACAGAAAUUGCUUCUUGAUGAAUUUGAUUAAAUGUUCAAUUUAAAAAUGAUUUUGAUCUGAAGUAACUUUGUUUUGAAAUGUUAGUCUAUAAAAUAGAAAAUGAACUUGUACUGCAGCUGAUAUAUGGAAACAAUAAAAGCUUUUAAUCUUCAAA